AUGGUCUUCGGUCCUGUCAUUGGAGCGGGCUUGGGCGCUGUAGCCGGAGCCGCGCUGGGCGCCGCCGUGUUCAGCGGCGACCGCCCCAAGGACUUCAAGUUCAUCACCGAGGCGGCCGACCGCGACGAGAACAUCCGCACGCCCGCCUCGGCCAACGUCAACGAUGACAUGCGGCGGCUGAUCCCGCUGACCCCAGAGUGGACCUUCUGGCCCGACUUUGACAGGUGGGCCAUGGUCAACCGCGUGGUGCGCCUGAUGUGGCCCAACCUGACAGGCGCCAUCAUGCACGAGGUGGUCAAGCAGCUCAAGCCCACACUGCAGGGCAUACUCGCAGACGUGAGCGCAGCCAACAUCGGGUUUGGGGGGGAGGUGUGA